UGCUGGGAUUAUAGGCUUGAGCCACGGUGCCCAGCAGAUACUUUCUACAAUAAAAGUUUUUAAAAGGUAUCAGCAAUACCUGGUAAGAUUAUUGUGUGGAUUAAAUGAGAUGCUGUGUGUAAAGCACUUGGCAGAAUGCCUUGUAUAUAAUAAAUGAUCAAUAAAUACUAGCUAUUACUACUUUUAGAGACAAGGCCUCCUCUUCCUCUCCUGCAGAACUCUGAAAGCCAGACCAUGAAAUGUGUUGCUGACUGGAGCAGCUAACCUUACUCCUUCCAAAUCAGACAGCUGCAAGCUGUCAUUGCCUGCAUCCUCAUCCAACCUUGCUCCUGUACUAGUCCCUGUGCUUCCCACACACACACUAAAAUUCUGUUUGAUAGCGGCUGUUGGCUUUGUGUUUAGUUUCACAGUAAGUUUUAGCUGGGAAUGCUAUUUCAGUGGAAAAUGGAAGGCAAGAACUUUUUUAGCUCAACUAUUAAUAAGUAUUGAGCACAUUGUUAGGAAUUUCCCUAUAUAGUUUUAUUUAACCUUCAUAACAAUCCUUCAAAGUUGAAAUUAUUAGCUUCAUUUUAGAGAGGAGGAAACACAAGUUUCAAGGCCCGCCGAAGGUCACAGCACUGUUAGGAGUGGGUCUCAAUUCACACCCAGCUCCUGAGACCUCCAAAGGGCUGGUGCUUACCCAGGAACUCUGGCUAUCAGCUCUCUUGCCUUUCUUUUCCUUAUCCUAGCUUAAAAACAACUGCCACCCAGAAAAGUUUAAGUUGACAUUCCCAGUUAAAAGAGUCUGACACCAUAUUCAUCUGUCCUGUAAAGGCAGAGGCCGCACUGGUUUGCGCGGAGUGGUAAAGAGGUCUGCCUAGCUGAUGAGGAGGGUUACAGGCUUGGGAGUAGCUUGGGCCCGGCAGAGGGGAGGCUCUGAAUGUAGUAAUAGAAACACAAAGGUUUUCGGGAUUGCGCUGACAUUUGUGUUUCAUUUCCCUCUUGUUCCAAAUGCUAUUCAACUUAAGGGAAGAAGAAAGCAGGGAGAGGUACCUUAUACGAAAACUAUUCAAUUCCGAAAAUUAAAAACAGCCAGCUGCCAUCAAAUACCGUGGAUCCUUUUUUCAAACUUCAGCUGUAAUUUAGUUGGGAGGUUGCAAUGGCACUUUAAACUUGCAAAUGAUGAGUUGACCUUGGAAUCCUGCUUAUGUAAAGCCGGACAAUUCCAUGCAAGGCGGGUAUCUGGUUACAAAUGAAGUUAUUGAUUGUUUAUGGCGGACUUGUGCAGGAAUGGAGCGGAGAAAGAGGCACCAGGAGAAAGAGAAACUUGCGACCACGGAGUUGCCGAAAGAGAAGUGUUGGCAUCUCAAACUUGAGGAUCAGCUUCUUGGGCCCCACUCCAGGGUUUGUGUGGGGGGGUCCGGUUCUUUCUGCCGCCGCCCGGAAGAUUCUCAGCUAACCCUUUCCCCGCCGAGACCGAGAGGCCCUCACUCUGUGACCACUCCCAGUGCCAAGCUACAUUCAGGAACUGACUAGCCGGAGCGAACCGACCACCUCCCCAGACCCGCCCACCCCCUGCUGUGAAUCCCUGAGGUUCUUGCCUGGCGAAGGUCCCCUUAAAUUAGGGAACUAUAGCUAUUUAAAAAGAAGCGCAAAAUAACCCGCGCUCUGCACGCCCAAGUGUGGCAUUCUAGGGAGCUCCCCGCGGGCAAGGAACUCUGUUGCUCCCCUCAGCUGGGGUGGAGAAGAGGGAGCCUGCGUGCUGGGGCCGGGGCGUUGGGAACUCGGGGCAACCCACCUCCAGGGCCCCGCCCCCGCUUUCCCGCCUGCCGGGGAAUGCCAAAUGGGGAACCACCCACCUCCCUGAGGCAGAUUUGGGAGGGGAGGGGUCCAGAAGCGGUAGAGUGGGGGUGCAGAGCGUCAGAUUCUGCCGCUCGGAAGUCAGUCGGGGGCAAUUCCCAGCUCCGCCUCAGGCCCCCGCGUUCGCAGCGCGCUCAGUUGAGGGCGCGGGCCUGGCGCGCGGUGUCAACGCCACGAAGUCAUUUGCUUGCCCUGAAGGAGCCGGCCCUCGACCCAUUGGAGGGUGGAGAUUCCUCGCAUUCCCUCCUCCCUCUCCCGCGGGUCGGCGAAGAGACGUGGAAUUGAGCUGGAGCGAAGAUUCCGCGAGCUCUGUAAUUACGCACACACUGAAAUCUUCACCGUUGACUUAAGUUACUUGGCGCUGCGAGAGCUGGGGCCCUGCAUAUUGAUUAAAUGCAGCCUCUAUUUACCUAAAUAAUAAAUGUAGAGAUUAGUAACGUUCACUUGAUCACAAUAAUAGGGUUGACAAUUAAGGGGCAAUGCAUCCCAGAUGUAGCGGAGCCUAUGGGCUGCGUGCGGCGGGCAGAGGGCUUCUCGGAGAGGGGCGCUCCGGCAGUUGCGGCGGCGGAGGUCGUGCAGAGCAGGAAGCGGCGCGGGAGCACAGCGGGAGGCGGAGGGGGAUGCCUAGCCUCGUUAAGGUCUUCAGCCACCCGGCCCGGGAGGCUGGAAUCUGGCUUUGGGGGACCUGAAUGUCCCGACUCCCAGGGAGACAUCUGGAGCUCGGAACCAACCUCCCUGCAGCGAUGGCACCUGCCUCAAGGCCGUCUCGCUUGCUGAUGAUGCCUGCCUGGGAAGGAGGAUGGACGCCGCUGGCAUGUGCCUGGGGUUCUGAAAAGAGGUUCUAGGAAGGAGAGAACUGAAAGGAACUAACUUAGAAAAGAACCCAGGAGUGGAACAUGGAUAAUAAAAGACAGAUGAGCACACCCGGGUGUGUGUGUGAAAUCAUGAUCCAUUUGGAAGGGGUUCCAAGCCCUUGGCUGCCAUCGCAUACUGGCUACAAAAGACACACGCAGGUUGCUUCUCUGCUCUUUCCCUCUUCUCUCUGCGCCCCAUUAUCAACCUGGAAGGCUUCCCAUUCCACAUUUAGACGCAAACAAAAGGAUUUGUCCCAGACACUCACGAACAAGCCGGGACGAAGCCCUUUCCCGCCAAACUACGAAGGCCGGGAAAUAAACACAGCCUGCCCAGGCUCUGGGCUUGCGAGCUCGGGAGAGGACUUGGGUGGGAAGAGGAUCUAGAAGAUCGGAAGGAGGGCGGCAGGAAGAGAGGGAGGGAGGGAGGAAGAAGCUUGGAAAGAGAAGAGGGAGGAGGAAAAGGAGGGACCAGCAGGGCAGAGUUGGACCCGGGGUUCUGUUAUAACCGCCCCUCCACGCCCAGAGUCUUUCCAUCCCCUGUCCCCCUCCCCCAUUUCAGAGCUGAAGGCCGACUGUGGAAGAAGGUGGUUAAACAAAGGGAAUCUUCCUCCUCUGGGACGGGUGAAGUGCGUCUGUCCUCUCCUUGUAGGCUCUGGAAAAACUGGCAGGAAUUUCCUUGUUGUGAGAAGAUGGACGAAUGUCUGCAGCCGAGAAGACAACUACAAACAGACUUUGGGCUGUGAAGGCGGGCGGGCGGGGGUGGGGGCGGGGGGCAGCUUUGAUCGCUCCAGCUCUGUUGUAAUUUUGUCUUCGCCAGAUAGAUUAGCUGGAACCGCCAGCCCUAGCAUGGAGUUCUGUUCUGUGGAGUCCCCUCCCUCCCUACCCCCCGCGUCAUCUCGCGCCCGGAGUCGGGUCGCCGCUCCUCCUGAAGUCUCGCUGGAAACUUCUGUGUUCCUGACGUAAUUAGGAGGCCACGCAGCUCUCCAACACUCCGUUAAACAAAUAUGAAGAGCCGCGCUUUGGAACGACCCCGUUGGCCAUGCUGGCGGCGACCUGCAACAAGAUCGGCAACACGAGCCCGCUGACAACGCUGCCGGAGUCGAGCGCCUUCGCCAAAGGCGGCUUUCACCCCUGGAAGCGCUCCUCGUCCAGCUGCAACCUCGGCUCCAGCCUCUCGGGUUUCGCCGUGGCCACCGGGGGCCGUGGCUCCGGCGGCCUGGCGGGCGGUUCGGGCGCAGCCAACAGCGCCUUCUGCCUGGCCUCCACGUCGCCCACGUCGUCCGCCUUCAGCAGCGACUACGGCGGCCUCUUCUCUAACUCGGCGGCGGCCGCGGCUGCGGCGGCCGGGGUGUCCCCGCAGGAGGCGGGUGGCCAGUCGGCCUUCAUCUCCAAGGUGCACACGACGGCGGCCGACGGCCUGUACCCUCGCGUGGGCAUGGCGCACCCGUACGAGUCGUGGUACAAGUCGGGCUUCCACUCGACGCUGGCGGCCGGCGAGGUGACCAACGGCGCGGCGUCGUCGUGGUGGGACGUGCACGGCAGCCCAGGCUCGUGGCUGGAAGUGCAGAACCCCGCUGGGGGGCUCCAGAGCUCGCUGCACUCGGGCGCCCCCCAGGCCUCGCUGCAUUCGCAGCUGGGCACCUACAACCCCGACUUCAGCUCGCUCACGCACUCGGCCUUCAGCUCCACCGGCCUCGGCUCCUCCGCCGCCGCCGCCUCGCACCUGCUCUCCACCAGCCAGCACCUGCUGGCCCAGGACGGCUUCAAGCCGGUGCUGCCCUCCUAUUCGGACUCCAGCGCCGCCGUGGCAGCCGCCGCUGCCAGCGCCAUGAUCUCGGGCGCCGCGGCCGCCGCCGCCGGGGGGAGCUCCGCACGCUCUGCCCGCCGCUACUCAGGCCGCGCCACCUGCGACUGCCCCAACUGCCAGGAGGCAGAGCGGCUGGGCCCGGCCGGGGCGAGCCUGCGGCGCAAGGGGCUGCACAGCUGCCAUAUCCCGGGCUGCGGCAAGGUGUACGGGAAGACGUCGCACCUGAAGGCGCACCUGCGCUGGCACACGGGCGAGCGGCCCUUCGUGUGCAACUGGCUCUUCUGCGGCAAGCGCUUCACGCGCUCGGACGAGCUACAGCGGCACCUGCGGACUCACACGGGCGAGAAGCGCUUCGCUUGUCCGGUGUGCAACAAGCGCUUCAUGCGCAGCGACCACCUGAGCAAACACAUUAAGACGCACAACGGGGGCGGCGGGGGCAAAAAGGGCAGCGACAGUGACACGGACGCCAGCAACCUGGAGACGCCCCGUUCCGAAUCCCCCGACCUCAUCCUGCAUGACUCCGGCGUCAGUGCAGCCCGAGCGGCGGCAGCGGCAGCGGCGGCGGCGGCGGCGGCGGCCUCCGCGGGAGGCAAGGAAGCAGCGUCUGGCCCCAACGACUCUUAGAGGCCGGGCGAGAGGCGUGAGCACGCGAGCGAGUAGAGACACCGAGAACGAACGAGAGGUUCGGAGGGCGAGCGAGCGGGGGACGGGAGGGCAUGGGGCUCCAGUGAUGCCCCCGGGGCCCGGGGUGGGCGCGAGGUGGAGCUGCGCGGGGCUCUGGGGCUGCGGUUCGCCCGCCGUACCAGGAGCUCUCCUCCGCCUUCGCGCCCAGAUGAGAAUCGAACGCGUGGUCCGGAAACAAAAGCGAACCAUCCUCCGACACAAACACUUUAAAAACUGUACACCCAGACAUAUACAUACACCGGAGACCCUCAACCACAAGCACGCACACUCGCGCGCGCACACACACCACUCGCCCAAACUUCUCGAGCGAACAGCAGCAAUACACAGAAAGGCUCCCUCUUUCCCCACUAUCCAUGUCUCUCCAACACCCUUCUCUUUCCUUUUCUCAAAAACAAGCCACCACCCAGCAAAGGACUGUCAGAACAUUUGAAAACAAACGGGACCGAUAAAAAAAAAAAAAACCCUUUGUGUGGAUUAUAUUAUAUAUAAAAUGCUCCAAGUUCUGCUUGAUAUCUACUUACGAGACUUUUUUUUUCCUAAAAAAGGAAGCAUCAAAAGGCUUAAGGUGAGAAAUUAAACUGGAAGUCUAGCGACAGUUUCUCUGUAUUUCAUAACAUCUGUAUAAAUAGGGUUCAAAGAUUGUGUUCUCUUUUAUUUUCUUGUAAAUGUUCAUUCGAAUAGUUUUUUUUUUUUUUUUGGUGAAUCCCUGAAAUUCAGGGAGUUUUUUUUUUAAUUUUCUGAUGCACUUUGUGAAAGUCAGUAUAUAUGUAAAAGAUAUUUAAAAUGUUGAGUUAUCAUUUCACUCACAAAUACGUAAGUUAAGGUCAUCUAAAGAAAUUAAAUGCGUUUAUCUGUAUGAAGAAAAUCUUGACAUCAUAUUUUCAUUUUGGUAUUAUUAAAGGACUCUGCACAAUACAGUUCCUUUUUUUAAAAUCCUGUUUCCCCCUCAAUAACCUUUUCGUGGGUCGAUUUUUUUUGGUUUUUGUUUUUGUUUUUUGGUUGGGAAAAAAUUUCCUUAAUGUUAGUUGUAGGUAAUGUAAAGUUUAUGUGGUUGCAAAAGCCAUACUUCAUAUACGUUUUUGAGAAGUCAAAAUUAUUUAUUUGUAUAUCAACAGUGUAAAUUAAAUUGGGUUAUAAGGA